AUGCUGGAAAACGCGCGAAAUUCGAAUUUUCCAGGGAUUCAAAUUCGACGAUUGGGACUCGUUCACUCGUCGUGUGACACUGUACAAAUACGACCCUUCGAAACGAUCCGGCACGUCUACAUCGACAGUAUCCCCCUAUCCGAGGAGCUCUUCGAAACCCUCCAUCGAAUGGACUUAACAAGGGCUCAAACCAUAAAAUUCCAGCGGAUUCCCUAUAUCCAUCUGUUCCCGGAGACCAUAAAUGUGCCAGAAUACGUCCAGAGAUUUUGUCGAGAAGUCAACACGAAGGCAUUGAUUUGGUUCGAAUCGAGAGAAUGUGAUCCGUGGAUUGCGCUGUUUGGUUAUCCAGUAGCUUUGAAUCAAGGAGCAGGAGCUGGAGCCGGAGCCGGAGGUGCAAGAGGAGUAGCUGGACAUCAGCAGUUGAAUGGAUUCAGAGGGUUUGGAGCCCGAAAUAAUCGGCAAGGGAGACACCGGAGAGCUAAUUUACCAGCUAACGGAUUCGGAGGACAUUUUGGAGGUAAUAUACGGGCUCAAGGGUUCGGAGUACGAGAAAAUCAGCAAGAACAGGAGCGGCAGCUGCUUCAGCGUCUCGCAGCGAUCAUACCAGUGAUACCAGUAGCCAAUGAGGACGUGGACGAUGAUUGGGAUGACAAUGAUCCUGAAAAUGAGGAUCCAGAGGCUCCAGAAGCCCUCCAGGACCUUCAGAUUGUUCCGGAAGCUCUAGAAAGGGCUGAAAAUGCUCCAGAAGACCGUUCAGAUGCUCCAGAUGCUUCAAUCCAGGUGGAACAUGCUCCAGAAGGUCCUCCAGCAGCUGCAUAUGCUAGAGUAGAAGCUCCAGAAGGAGCUGAAAGUGAUCCAGAAGACUCGGAAAGGGACCAAAAUCAACUAUCAGAUGCUCCGGAAUCGUUCCGAAAUCAAGAUCUCCAAGACGUCCCAGAAGAAGCUUUGGAAAUCUCUUCGGAUGAUUUAGAUGCUCCAGAAGAAGACACCCCAUACGAUGCCUCAGCAGUCCCAAUCGCUCUUCUGCAGCUUCUGAACAUUGAUUUCCAGGAUCAUCCAGUUGCUGAGCCAUUUAACCAGCUGCUUCAACUACCUCAGCUUAGAUUUGACCCUCCAGAAGACGUCCAGAACCUUCUAGAAGCUCCAGAAGCUCCACAAAGACCUCGAAAUGCUCCAGGUGCUCCGAUCUCUCUUCUACAGCUUCGACUCCUUCAGCGGUAUAUUCAGGAUCAUCCAGUUGCUGAACCAUGGAAUAAUCUACUUCAGUUAGCUGUGCCUAGAGCUCCAGAAGGCGUUGGAAAUGCUCUUGAGCAUCCUCAAAAUGUUCUAGACGGUCCAGACGACAUUCUAGCACCUCCAAAUCAAGAUGAAGCUGCAGACGACGUUGGAAAUGCUCCAGAACGUCCCCGGAUGGUUCGAGACGACGAUCCAAAAGACGUUAUAGAACCUCCAAAUCGAGAUGAAGCUGCAGAAGACGUUCUAGAAGAAGGAGAUGUGAGACAUGAGAAUGUUCUUGAUCGAGAAGAGGCUCCAGAAGACGUGGAUCCUGAAGAACAAGACAAUGGAGAAAAUCCAGAAGACGAGGAUCCUGAAGACGAAGAAAUUCCAGAUGAGGAGGAUUUUGAAGGAGACGACGAGAAUUUAGAAGACGUGAAUCCAGAUGAAGAAGCUAUCGACGAAUGGGCAGAAGACGGCAGAAGACGAGGCAAGGCAGAAGACGACGAAGACGAGGAUGAGGUUUUCCAAGAACCUGAAGACGUGGAUGCUGAAGAUGAGGCUCUCGAAGAAUAUGCGGAUCCAGAAAGGCCAGAAUAUAUUGCAAAUCGUCUAGAUCUACAAGAAAAUGACCAGGAUCCCCGACUGUUUGCUCCGCUAGCCUCUCCAAACGAUCUAGGCGAUCCUGAAGACGUUGGAGGUGCUCCAGAGGCUCCAGAAGCUCCUCAGAACGUCCUAGAUGUCCCUCAUCCUGGCGCCCUCCUUCAUAGAAUUCCAGCUCAUCAGGCAGCGGCGAAUGAUCAUCGAGUCGCAGUAGCUAGAUAUCCAUUGGAAGUGUUUGGAUUAAGGGGCGGAGUCAACAGAAGGGGCGGAGCCAGAGACAUCAGAGAAGGAAUUGAGCUCAUAAAUGCCGACGCUAUCAAUUUGGCACAGAGAUUGGUUGCUAUGGGAGAAGAAGAAGAGCUCAUCCGCCAGCUGGAGGUUCCUGUGGCGGCAAACGGAGCUCUACAUCAUGCUCCAGAGGCUCCAGAUGAUCUAAAUGACGACUUUGAAGCUCUAGAACGUCAGGAGGAGCUUCCUAACCUUCCGUUUGAUAUCAACCUGGUUGGAAACGCUCCAGAAGCGUUUCUGGAACCUCAAGAAGACCUUCCUAGACUUCCAUGUGAUAUUGACCUAGCUCCAGAAGAUGCUCCAGAAGGUGUCCCUAUCGCUCUCUUCGAAAAUGAGGAUCCAGAGGCUCCAGAAGCCCUCCAGGACCUUCAGAUUGUUCCGGAAGCUCUAGAAAGGGCUGAAAAUGCUCUAGAAGACGGCCUAGGACAGCAGUUGAAUGGAUUCGGAGAUGUAAAUGAGCCUGAAAAUGAAGAUUUCGAAGCUCCAGAAGACCGUUCAGAUGCUCCAGAUGCUUCAAUCCAGGUGGAACUACCUCAGCUUAGAUUUGACCCUCCAGAAGCUCCAGAAGCCCCAGAAACCCCUGGCAACGUUCCAGGCGACGUCGUUGAAUUCCUUAUUCAACAUCUAGAAGCUCACCAACAACAUCCGCUAUGGGGUCUUCUGAAUCUGCCAACGAAUCUUCCGGAACUUUUGGCACUGGAGAAUUUUCUAGAAUCGCCACCGCUUCGUCUGAAUCCUCCGAUGGCGCCGAUCCCUUUAAAUGAGGAUGUGGAUGUAAAUGCUCCCGAACAACCAGAUGAACGGGAUAAUCAAUUGGAUCCAGUGUUGCAUCGAGAAGAAUCAGAAGCACGUCUAGACUAUCGCAUCGCACGGAAUCAUUCUCUACAAGUCCACCAUCGGAGAGAUCGCGCUCUUUAUCAAGCCGAUGAGACUCUAUCUGGCUAUGUGCAUGCAACACGGAAUGCUGUGUUGGCUGGAAUUCAUUUAGAAGACAAUCCAGACGACUGGCGAGCAGAAGCACAGGUUGAACGCGUACAGAAAGUGGUUCUGCACAGAAGACAGGAUGUUGUGAAUCGAUGGAUGACGUGGAGACGGGACUGUGAACACUUCAGAAUAGCAGAUCAGGUGGCGAAUCGAAUGGAAAAGGCGUUGAGGACUUUAGAGAAUGAAAACGAGCGAAGGAGGCAUCUGUUUAGGAGAGAUCGGAUCAAUUUCUACCGUGAAAAGUUCCAUCGAUACAUGAGAAGCAGACCGCGUGAGCACCGUCCAAAUGCUCAAGAAGUUAACCAGCAAGUUCAACGAUAUCGUGCAUACCGUACUAUCAAUAUCCUCCAUCGGAUAAUGACGAGUCGAGGUUUCAAUAGACGUCGAGCCAAUUUGAAUUAUAUCGAACCGGGAGAUGUUAUCCGAAUGAAGGGACACUUGAAAAUGUUGUUGAAUAUAUUCACACGAAACAAAACGGAUCGAAUCAGAAGCGCUGGACGAUGGCACUUGAAGCAACUAUUCAGAAUUUUCCGAAAACAACCGAUCAAUGCCAAACAGUUGAUGUGGCACUUGAGAAUGUUGAAAUCGAUCACUCUUCACGGACCACUGGAUGUACGAAUCGCCAGAAAUAUCGGGGAACUAACGGAGGCUCAACAAGCCAGAACUACAGUAUUCCAGUCAUUUCAAUGGAUUUUCGAGCGGAAGUUUCAUUUAAACGAUGAAACUUAUUAUGUCGAACGGAGAGAGCCAACGAGAGAUUUGAUUGAUCGACGGACGAUGAUUUUGGAGUUUUUGUGGACUUUCAGACAGUAUUUUGAUGCUGAAAACGGGAUUUGA